AUGAGGCUGCUGGGAACCGCUGCUGCCGGGGCUCUGGGACGCGGGCCGCUCCCAUGGGUCCCCGCCGCCUUAGGCUGGCGAGGGAAGCAGGUUAAUUGGAAGACCUGCAGAUGGUGUUCAUCAGGGGUAGUUCCUAAUGAAAAGAUACGAAAUAUUGGAAUCUCAGCUCACAUCGAUUCUGGGAAAACUACGUUAACAGAACGAGUGCUUUACUACACUGGCAGAAUCGCAAAGAUGCAUGAGGUAAAAGGAAAAGAUGGAGUUGGUGCUGUCAUGGAUUCCAUGGAACUAGAGAGACAACGAGGAAUCACUAUUCAGUCAGCAGCCACCUAUACCAUGUGGAAAGAUGUCAAUAUCAACAUUAUAGAUACUCCUGGUCAUGUGGACUUCACGAUUGAAGUUGAAAGGGCCCUGAGAGUAUUGGAUGGAGCAAUCCUUGUUCUUUGUGCCGUUGGAGGGGUGCAGUGCCAGACCAUGACUGUUAAUCGUCAGAUGAAGCGCUACAACGUUCCAUUUCUAACUUUCAUUAACAAACUAGACCGAAUGGGCUCCAGCCCAGCCAGGGCUCUGCAGCAAAUGAGGUCUAAGCUAAAUCAUAAUGCAGCAUUUGUGCAGAUACCCAUUGGUUUGGAGAGUGAUUUUAAAGGUAUUAUAGAUCUUAUCGAGGAACGAGCCAUCUAUUUUGAUGGAGACUUUGGUGAGAUUGUUCGAUAUGGUGAAAUUCCAGCAGAAUUGAGGGUGGCAGCAGCUGACCACCGGCAGGAGCUGAUUGAAUGUGUUGCCAAUUCAGAUGAGCAACUUGGUGAGCUGUUCCUGGAAGAAAAAAUCCCCUCAGUUUCUGAUAUAAAGUCUGCAAUCCGAAGAUCUACUUUAAAUAGAUCUUUUACUCCUGUGUUUUUGGGAAGUGCUUUGAAGAACAAAGGAGUUCAGCCUCUUUUAGAUGCUGUCUUAGAAUUCCUCCCAAAUCCUUCAGAAGUCCAGAAUUAUGCUAUUCUCAAUCAGGAGGAUGACUCAAAAGAGAAAACCAAAAUCUUGAUGAACUCCAAGAGAGAUAAUUCCCAUCCAUUUGUAGGCCUGGCUUUUAAACUGGAGGUAGGUAGAUUUGGACAGGUAACUUACGUUCGUAAUUAUCAGGGAGAGUUGAAGAAGGGUGACACUGUCUAUAAUACAAGGACAAGAAAGAAAGUACGGGUCCAACGGCUGGUCCGCAUGCAUGCUGACGUGAUGGAGGAUGUGGAGGAAGUCUAUGCCGGAGACAUCUGUGCAUUGUUUGGCAUUGAUUGUGCUAGUGGGGACACAUUCACAAACAAAGAUAAUAGUGACCUUUCUAUGGAGUCAAUUCAUGUUCCUGAUCCUGUCAUUUCAAUAGCAAUGAAGCCUUCUAAUAAGAAUGAUCUAGAAAAAUUUUCAAAAGGUAUUGCCAGGUUUACAAGAGAAGAUCCCACAUUUAGGGUCCACUUUGACACUGAGAGCAAAGAGACAAUUGUAUCUGGAAUGGGGGAAUUACACUUGGAGAUCUAUGCUCAGAGGCUGGAGAGAGAAUAUGGCUGCCCUUGUAUCACUGGAAAGCCAAAAGUUGCCUUUAGAGAGACCAUUACUGCUCCUGUCCCGUUUGAGUUUACACAUAAGAAACAAUCAGGUGGUGCAGGCCAAUUUGGGAAAGUGAUUGGUGUACUGGAGCCUCUGGACCCAGAGAACUACACUAAGUUGGUGUUUUCAGAUGAAACCUUCGGGUCAAAUAUUCCAAAGCAGUUUGUACCUGCUGUAGAAAAGGGGUUUUUGGAUGCCUGUGAGAAAGGCCCUCUUUCUGGGCACAAACUCUCUGGGCUCCGGUUUGUCCUGCAAGAUGGAGCACACCAUAUGGUUGAUUCCAAUGAAAUCUCUUUCAUCCGAGCAGGAGAAGGUGCUCUUAAACAAGCCCUCGCAAAUGGAACUUUACGUAUUCUUGAACCCAUUAUGUCUGUGGAAAUUAUAGCCCCAAGUCAGUAUCAAGGUGUAGUGAUUGCAGGAAUUAAUCGGCGCCACGGGGUAAUCACGGGGCAAGAUGGAAUUGAAGACUAUUUCACACUGUAUGCAGAUGUUCCUCUAAAUGAUAUGUUUGGUUAUUCCACUGAACUCAGGUCUUGCACAGAGGGGAAAGGAGAGUAUACAAUGGAGUACUGCAGAUACCAGCCGUGUUUACUAUCUACUCAAGAAGAUCUAAUUAAUAAAUAUUUGGAAGCUACAGGUCAACUUCCAGUAAAAAAAGGAAAAGCCAAGAACUAACUUUCCUCCCUUUGUGUUGACUAUCAAACUGCAACUGAAUCUGUAAGGUUUAGAUAGUUGGAUGAAUUCCAGUGGAAUGGAUUUAGGCUGCUGCAACAAGGAACUAU